UCGCCAUAGGGUUUCGACUCGAUCCUUCGAAACGGCAAGCCUGCACGGAGCUUCCCGUUACCUCCCUCUCCCGACUGCGACCGAAUCCCGAUUGGCGUGGGCACAGGCUGAGCACCCCUCCUCAGCCAAGUGGCAGAUACCUUAGCUCUUCUACCUAAGUAAACCCUCGAAACACGCCUCAUUGCGACUUCAGUGCGACGGCACCCGCGAUUCCUCGCCGUAGAUACCCCCGGCUGCUGCCCCCUUCAACCGCCCACCAUGGCGUCGGCCGUCUUCUUCCUCGACCUCAAGGGCAAGACCCUCCUCGCCCGCAACUACAGGGGAGACAUCCCCAUGUCGGCUGUCGAGAUGUUUCCCGUCCUCCUUAGCGAAGCCGAAGAAGAGUCCUCGGCAGUGCCUCCCUGCUUCUCCCACGAAGGCAUCAAUUACCUGUAUAUCCGCCACAACAAUCUGUACCUGCUCGCCCUCACAAAACGAAACACGAACGCCGCCGAGAUCCUGCUCUUCCUCCACAAGAUUGUCGAGGUCUUCACUGAGUACUUCAAGGCACUUGAGGAGGAAUCCAUCCGCGACAACUUUGUCAUCAUCUACGAGCUCCUCGACGAAAUGAUGGACUUUGGCUACCCCCAGACGACUGAAUCCAAGAUCCUACAGGAAUACAUCACCCAGGAAUCCCACAAGCUCGAGAUCGCCCGUCCACCCAUCGCCGUGACCAACGCCGUGUCAUGGCGUUCCGAGGGCAUCCGUUACCGCAAGAACGAAGUCUUCCUCGACGUGGUUGAGUCGCUCAACCUACUCGUCUCGGCCAAUGGCAACGUGCUGCGGUCCGAGAUUCUCGGUGCCAUCAAAAUGAAGUGUUACUUGUCGGGUAUGCCUGAGCUGCGCCUAGGGCUCAACGACAAGGUAAUGUUCGAGACGACGGGGCGAACCACGCGCGGCAAGGCCAUCGAGAUGGAGGACGUAAAGUUCCACCAGUGCGUGCGCCUGUCGCGCUUCGAGAACGACCGCACCAUCAGCUUCAUCCCGCCCGACGGCGAGUUCGAGCUCAUGUCGUACCGCCUAAACACCCAGGUCAAGCCCCUCAUCUGGGUCGAGUGUGUCGUCGAGUCCCACAGCGGGUCGCGCAUCGAGUACAUGCUCAAGGCCCGCGCCCAGUUCAAGCGCCGCAGCACAGCCAACAACGUCGAGAUCGUCGUCCCCGUCCCCGACGACGCCGAUACCCCGCGCUUCCGCACCAACGUCGGCUCGGUGCACUACGCACCCGAGCAGAGCGCCAUCGUGUGGAAGAUCAAACAGUUUGGGGGUGGCAAGGAAUUCCUCAUGCGCGCUGAGCUAGGCCUGCCCAGCGUUCGGGGUGAUGAUGAACACGGCGGUGGCAUGACUGGUGGAUUUGGAGGCAGCAUGGGCGGUAUCGGGGCGCCCGGCAAGGGUGCGAAGAGGCCCAUCCAGGUCAAGUUUGAGAUCCCCUACUUCACCACGAGUGGGAUCCAGGUGCGGUAUCUCAAGAUCACAGAGCCAAAGCUCCAAUACCCCUCCCUGCCAUGGGUGCGCUACAUCACACAAUCUGGGGACAUUGCCGUCAGGUUACCAGAUGCCGUAUGAGCAGAAGGCCCCGGGGUGUUGUAGGUGUUGGCGGCAGGGAUUGUGAAUGCCGGUUGGGGGUGGAUAUAAGGGAGAGGUUGCGGCUGCCCUACGGUCACAUCAACCCCUCAGUCUUGUCGGCGGCGGGCGGCCGCAAGAUGACACCGAUUGUUGUGAAACAGCAAAAGGUCUGUUGUGGCGUAUGGUGU